CUUGACCUCCUACUACUAUCAUCUCGUCCAUACCAACAAUAUCCAAUAAAAUGUCCAGCGAGAGAGCCGCGUUCGCCGAGGAGGUCAGGAAGGUGGAGGAAUGGUGGAAGAGCCCUCGUUUUGCACGAGUAACGCGACCGUAUACCGCCGCACAGGUCGUCGCCAAGCGCGGCACGAUACCCAUCCAAUACCCUUCUAAUGUCCAAGGCAAGAAGCUCUGGAAACUCCUCAGCGAACAUGCCAAGAGGGGGACGCCGUCACACACCUAUGGAGCUCUUGACCCUGUCCAGGUGACGCAGAUGGCCAAAUACCUCGAAACCGUCUAUGUUUCUGGCUGGCAAUCAUCGAGUACCGCGUCCAGCACAAACGAACCAGGACCGGAUCUUGCAGACUACCCUUCGAACACGGUGCCCAACAAGGUCGAACAUUUGUUCAUGGCCCAGCUCUUCCAUGACCGCAAACAGCAUGAAGCUCGCUCCAACAUGACUGAGGGUCAGCUCGUUAAAACUCCCAUUGUUGAUUACCUCCGCCCCAUCGUUGCUGAUGCCGACACCGGUCACGGAGGUUUAACUGCGAUUAUGAAGCUCACGAAAAUGUUCGUCGAGAAGGGCGCUGCUGGAAUUCAUGUCGAGGAUCAGGCGCCCGGAACGAAGAAGUGUGGACACAUGGCUGGUAAGGUUUUGGUGCCCAUUUCCGAACAUAUCAACCGACUUGUCGCCAUCCGUCUCCAAUAUGAUAUUAUGGGAGUCGAAAACCUUGCUGUCGCUAGAACUGACUCCGAAGCGGCCACCCUCAUCACCUCUAACAUCGAUGAUCGCGACCAUGCGUUCAUUCUCGGCUCCACUAACCCAUCCCUACGUCCUCUAAAUACCGUCAUGACGGAAGCCGAGCGCCUAGGCAAGAACGGCGACCAGCUUCAAGCAAUUGAGGACCAGUGGAUAGCCUCCGCCAACCUCCAAUUGUUUACCAAGACUCUUGGUGAUGCCUUGAGCAGGCAAGGUGCCAGCUCGGCAACAGUCAGCAAAUUCCUUUCGACCGUUGCCCAUGCGUCAUGGCCAUCAGCAGUUGAAAUUGCUCAGAAGCAGUACGGCCUGAAGACCGUGCCUUAUUGGGAUUGGGAUUCACCGAGGACGCGUGAAGGUUACUACCGAUACCAGGGUGGCACUCAGUGCGCCAUUAACCGUGCCAUCGCGUUUGCACCGUACGCUGAUCUUCUGUGGAUGGAGACCAAGAAGCCCAUUCUCUCGCAAGCAAAAGAGUUUUCCGCUGGUGUUCUCGAUGCCCGACCAGGACAUUGGUUGGCGUACAACUUGAGUCCGUCAUUCAACUGGGAUGCCGCGGGUCUGGGUGAAAAGGACAUGGAAUCCUUCGUAUGGCAGCUGGGCAAACUCGGCUUUGUCUGGCAAUUCAUCACGCUCGGUGGCUUGCACUCCAACGCGUACAUAUCCGACCUGUUCGCGCAGAACUUUGCCAAGACCGGUAUGAAAGCCUACGUUGAGCUUGUGCAACGCAAGGAGAGGGAACUUGGUACCGACGUCCUCACUCACCAAAAGUGGAGUGGUGCUGAUUACGCCGACAACCUGAUCAAAACUGUCACUGGAGGUGUCUCCUCUACUUCUGCUAUGGGUGCUGGUGUCACGGAGGCGCAGUUCACUUCGAAACUCUAAUAGAUUUAGACGACGUAGUCUCGGACGAUGUUACUUGAUAUAAUAACGCACCUUCGUGCAUACUCAUGUAUAUAUGAUCCAUCGGAUGUACAAAAAUGAACCUGCAUGUAA